GUCAGAAGAAGCCGAUUCUAGCUCUCGGUCUACCUACUGUCUCGACUUGAAAGGACUUCCGAAUUGACACAGGGAAGUGACUGUGCUAAAAAGAUGAAUGUCACAUCCAUGAAGAAUGCCAUCCUCUUCUGCACCAUGUUUGUUUUGCUUCUUAUUUUCUACUUCGGAUGGAGAGGGCCUGAAUUCUCCAGCUUCACUCAUUUAAGCAGCACAAAAAACAUGACUGUCCUCCUGUGGAACUGGCCUUUUGGACAAUCUUUCAGUCUGAAGGGUGAUGUGUGCUGGGAUCUGUACAAAAUACCAAACUGUAAACUGGUGGACCAGCGCUCCUUGUUCCCCUUGGCUCAUGUGGUGGUGUUCCACAACAGAGAACUGAUACAAGGACGCCAGAAGCUGCCCACCGACCUCCCACGGCCACAGGGCCAAAGGUGGGCCUGGAUGUCCCUGGAAUCUCCUGCUCACAAUGGAAACUUGCAGAAAUUUGCAAAUAUCUUCAACAUGACCAUGUCCUACAGGAGGGAUGCUGAUGUGACCUUACCUUAUGGUGAGCUACUACCUGUGGAGCCUGAAGGUAACCUGAUGGAGGACAGCCACAUAAAUAAGACCACUUUGGUGUGUUGGGUGGUCAGCAACUACAUGAACCACCACAAAAGGACCCAAGUGUACAAAGAGCUCAUUGCCACAGUUCCUGUGAAGGUUUAUGGACAAUGGAAUAAAAAGCCACUCUCCUCUGCUGACCUCUUACCAACAAUCUCUCGCUGCUACUUUUAUUUGGCUUUUGAGAACUCACUGGCCAAGGAUUAUAUCACAGAGAAGCUGUGGAAAAAUGCUUACCAAGGAGGGGCUGUACCUGUUGUACUGGGCCCCCCGAUAAGUGACUACAAAGCUGUGGCUCCAGAUCAUUCUUUUAUACAUGUGGAUGAGUUCGCAUCUGUACAAGAACUGGGAAAGCACCUUCAAAGACUUGCAGAGGACAGGGAGCGAUACGAGGAUUAUUUUCACUGGAAAAAAUACUGGAAAGUGAAAGUUAAUGGAGACUGGAGGGAAAAGCUGUGUAAGAUCUGUUUACGGUACAACAAUUUAUCUCAGCACAAAGUUUAUUCAGAUCUAGAAGCCUGGGACACGAUAGAUUACACUAGACCAUGAAGGUUUGUGUUUGUUUUGCUUUUUAGUUGAGACAUAACCUUUGGAUCAUUUUCUAGUUUUCUGUUCAAUCUUUGUACCUAGGGGUGCACAAUAAAAGCUGUGACAUCUUGUUUUGUUUAUUAAAAAACUAAAUCCUUUAAUAACUUAAAAUGAUCAAUAACAUAUAGACCACGUUUUGUCUCACCUCCUACAUUGCUACGUGCUUUUGCUGUUUUUUGGCACUGGCUUCUUUUUUCUUAGGCAACAAAUGCAAAAGCC